UCUACUUCGUUAUGUAGAGAAACAAGGUUUGUUUGGAGCGUAAAUGGGUGUCAACCAUGGGCAAAUUCCCCGGCAAGCCAUCAAAAACGUCGACGCGGAAGCGAAUUAAAGUGUCGGAGUGUGUAACGGAACUAGUGAACGAGUCAGUCAGGGCCGCUCAAGUGAUAUAUUAUGGCCUUACUGUGUUUAACGAAACUUUUGGAAACGAGGAGCAGGUUAUUGACUUUCGUGGAUUCACACAUCAACAAGUCAAGGAAGCAGUAGAAAAUGCGAGGAACUUCCAUAAAAGAAGAAAGUCAACUGAUGGUGAAAACAAAGAUACUGCUAAUUUUAUUAAUAAAUUUGAAAGUGAUCUAAAGGAGAUUGGGUUUAGUGCAAAGUGCUGUGAUGGGCAAGGGAAAUCUGAUUCAGAUAGCCUUGUGGUUGAUAGUGAAAAAUGUUUUGAUGGUGGUGGCAAAAGAAAUUCAGUGAUUGCCGUUAGACGUAUGAAACGAAUGAGGAAGUAUGACGGCAGGACGAGGAAUCCACCCUCUGUGAAGAAUGUGAUGGCAAGGAAACUUUUGCGUAGGGCAAAGAAAACAUCUAGUACAACUCCAUUGGCUGUCGAUAAUUGCCAGCAAGAAAAGGGCGCAUCAGGUGCAUCUCGAAAGUUUGUGCUUCCUAGUCACAGCGCUCAUUCUUCUCGUGUGAUAAAACCUAAUAAGAAAUUUAUAGAUAACGACGCUGUUACUUCUGAAACCUCGACUGGUUUAUCUCCUCCAGUAGAUCUUAAGAAAUCUAAGAGUGUGUCUAGUGAGUCUCUGAAUUCGGACAUUCCACAAUCGGUUAAGUGUUUGAGUACAGUGGAAAACAAACAGUCAGAUUCAAGUGAUGUCAAAAAAGCCUUGUGCAACCUUCGAACUGCGAAUGUGAGAAGGGAAAGUGCAUCCGGAAAUACUGUAGAUUCCUCAGGCCUUAUAUUGGAAGGAAAGCGCAAGUGGAAACCUUCAUAUAAAUUAGGUCUGCAGUUGAACUGGUACGGUGGUACAGCUGAUGGUGAUGAUACUGGCAGAAGAAGAGUGAAACAAGAUGAUAAAACCGAAAGCUCUGCACGUUGUCCAGAAAAAACCACCUCCCCUUCCUCUACAACAAUCAGUGCCAGUGUAGCCGAUUUUGAAAUUCGAAGUGAUGAAAAACAAAGUAGUACUUUUUCUAGGUCGCCAGGUAAAGUGAUUUUACGGCAGGCACGUCUGAAGCUCAACACACAAUCGUCGUCGGUAAAUGACGGUCCAUUCAGUCAUGGCUAUGGUGCAGGUGGGGCACAUUUACCAGAAACAGUGGAAUGUGGGGUCUGUGGUGCUGUUAGAUUUUAUCGAUUUGUAAAACAGGCCCGCAAAUUUGGAAUAUUCAGUUGUGAGUCAUGUCGAAAGUUCAUUUCUAAGAUGAUCAAGAGACAGUCCUCUCUGAAAGGAAGUUCAUCACCUUUGGAAUGUCACAAAGGCAAAGGAAUGUGUUCUGUCCCGCCAAUUGUCAGAAGCCAACAGUGGAAAGCUGGUCGUGGUACACUGGUCAGGUGUAACUACAAAGCUCGUUGCCCUGCUUGUUGGUUGAAAAUGUGUCUGAGAUCUUUCAAGAUGCCUGAGGACAUCCGUGGGAGGCUGCAGUCUCUUCUACCACGUGCAAUGCAGGAUAGCUUGGAAACUAUUUCUGGUCAGCUGCUGUUGAAUCCAGAGGAAACUGCAUUACCAAUUGCAGAAAGAAGAAGUGAAUCAGACUACAGCAGCAAAAGACUUAGGAGAAGACUGAAACUGCAACAAAAACAAACAUUGAGACUGCUCAGAAAGGAUGAUAAUGGCAAGCAAAAUGGAAAUACUAAAUUGAACACUUCAGUUACACAUUCGAGAAACAGUAUUAGAGUUUCAAAAUUCCUUAGAAGGGCAGCAAGUGGCUUAAACCAUACGGAAGAUGCAGCUGGUGAUACGAAUCGCAAAGUGAUCACACGCAAGCGAAAGAGAAGGAAGUAUUUGCUGAGGAGAAAGAAGUCGGAAACAACGAAUGAGAAGAUUAGCAGUGAGAAAUCUGCUCCCGAACAACGUCAACGAGUUGAUCUGAAAGGUCCUCGUGUGAAACAUGUUUGCCGAAGUGCUUCUAUUGUUCUGGGGCAACCUCAGGCAACAUUUCCAACAGUUAAGACUAGUGGUCAAUCAAAGAAGCGAGAUGCAGCUAAAGGAUUGGGCGUUCCACCACAUCAUCCUGAGCUACCUGCAACUGAAGAUGAUGGAAGAAAGUCAAACGAAAUACAGAAGAACCAGCCAACAGCAAAGUCAGGAGUAGAAGAAUCGGACUCUACAAAAUCAUCGACACAUGGAUCAUCGGUGAUACAAGAUGAUAUUCCUUCAUUAGUUUCAUCAACUUCUUGCAGAAAAGUGGACAAAUUUCUUUCAUCAAAUCAUUCAAUGACUAGGUUGCAUACCUUGCCUCCUGCUAUGGGGAAGGAUAGGUCACAGGAAUCUUCCCAUCAGAUGACCAUAGACUUUUGGGAGAGCUAUGACCCAGAUGAGGUUUGCAAUACUGGAUUUGCUUUAAUUGCGUCUGAACCAUUCCCAGUACGAGCAGUUUGUUUUCUUUGUGGAAGUGCUGGUCAAGAACAACUUAUCCACUGUGCCUCAUGUUGCGAGCCAUACCACAGAUUCUGCCUGGAAGACGGCCUUCGUGAUCCAAACAUAAAAGCAUUUGGCGGCACCUCACUGUCAAACUGGGUGUGUCAACGCUGCACGGUGUGUUCAGUGUGUGGUAAUGGGCAAGGACAGCAGCUCAGCUGUCAGCGUUGCCAUCGCACUUACCAUACAGAUUGCCUGAGUGGUCGACGACUCCACAGUGCCGAUAGACCAUGGGUUUGUUCAACAUGUCUCCGAUGCAAGAGCUGUGGUACUGAAAAUGUGACUAAUUUUGUGGGUAACAUUCCACUCUGUAAAGCAUGCUUUAAACUGCGACAGAAAGGGAACUAUUGCCCUUUGUGCCAGCGUUGUUAUGAAGACCAUGAUUAUGAUACCAAGAUGAUGGAGUGUGUGAAAUGCAAUUGCUGGGUCCAUUCAAGAUGUGAAGGACUUUCAGAUGAAAAAUAUCAUAUACUCAGCUACCUUCCAGAUACUGUAGAAUUUAUUUGCAGGAAGUGUUGUGAGAAGCCUCCUGCUCCAUGGUGGUAUGCUGUUGAAGAAGAGAUGAAAGCAGGAUACCUAACUGUGCUGAAGUUACUGAGCAAAAAUCGUAAAGCUUAUUCGAUGCUCAGAUGCAGUCCAAAGAAACACUGUGAAUAUCAUCCCAAUUUAAUAGAUGAUGAUAACAUAAAUACACAUUCGGAUCCCACUGCCAUUGGAAAUAUGUGCUUGGGUGAAAAGACUGACUCAAAUUGUGAAGACAACACAUUUCUCAGUAUUACAGAUCUGCAUGUUGAGAAUGUAGAAUACAGUGUGGAAGUAAAAACGACGUAUGAAGUUGAUGAUGACAACAACGAAUUUUUGGCAGAUUCAAAACGUGACAAUAUCUGUGCCAAAGAUCAGAGAUUGUCAAAUCGUGAAUAUAAUUUGCAUAAUAGCUGUUCAGAAGAAAAAUGUUUUCCUCACUCCCAAGGGCAAACUGUUGUACCAUACCUGUCAGAAAACUCUCUUAGACUUUGGCGAGAGAAAUAUAACUUAAAAGAAUGUUCUGUUCGUGUAAAGGACUGUGUUUCCAAGGACUUGCAAAACUCACUUUUCCCAGUUAAAGUUGAUGUUCAGUGUACAGAAUUAUCUGAUACCUGUGCCUUCGAUACUACUAAAUCGCCUUCCAAAGUGCAUCAGGUUUCACUUGCGACACCUACAAGUGAUUCUGGCAUUAGCAGCACUGAUGAAGAAUUGAAAAUUUGUGGGGGAAAUGAUGCAGAGGAGCUGAAGGAACAUGCAUUAUCAUGUUUGGGUUUUGUAGCUUCCAGCCGUUUGCUGUCAUUAGAACAGUGUAGCAGCAGCAGCAGGAGCUUUGAAAAUUUUACUGAGACCAGUUCCAAGAAAUUGUGCAGUGAUGAUAUACCAAAGGAUGAGUUCUUUGAAUGCAACUGUUUGGAAAAUUUGAAACACAAGUCAUCCUUAACAUUUCUGUCUGUAAAAAAUAAAGUUAAUUCCAGUGAGUACACAUCAGUUCUGCAGUUUCAUCAGGAAAUGGAAGACAUCCUAAAUAAAUCUCACUGCUCUGAUUUACUUCAGCUAUAUUAUCAUAAUAUGCAGGAAGUUUUCCCAUGGUUUAAUCCUAAAUUUUCACGUGUUUCAAAUAAUCCUGUUUCUGAACGUAACUCACAACCAAGUAAGAGGAGAAGAAUCAUUUCAGAAAAAUCUGGCAGUGAUGAUCAUAAUAGUUCAAUGGAAGUGUCAAUAUUGGAUGAUUCGUUUCAUGCUGUUCCUGAUAAAAUGUUAGGGAAAUCCUUAGAUGAUUUCUACAGUGGGUAUUCUGUCCAGGAUAAUAGAGUUUGUGUCCUUUGUAAAGGUGUUGGUGAUGGGUUGCCCGCUGAAGAAGGCAGACUUUUGUACUGUGGACAGAAUGAAUGGGCACACACAAACUGUGCUCUGUGGUCAGCAGAAGUGUUUGAGGAAAUAGAUGGAUCACUACAGAAUGUUCACAGUGCAAUGUCUCGAGGGCGUCAGAUACGAUGUGAUCAUUGUGGAAAAAGAGGUGCAAGUGUAGGAUGUUGCACACGAAAUUGUCCAGAAACCUUCCAUUUCCCCUGUGCGAGGAAAGUGAAUUGCACUUUUAUGGAUGACAAAAAUGUUUUCUGCCCAUCCCAUGCAAAAGGUGCCACUGGUAAAGUUCUGCACAAUGAAUCAGAUUUUGAAAUAUGCCGCCCAAUUUACGUGGAACUAGACCGUAAAAAGAAGAAGUUUGCUGAACCUAAAAAGGUUAGGUUAAUGAUUGGUUCACUUUCAGUUGAAAAUAUAGGAGAAUUUGUUAGUGAAGUUUCUGAUACUCCAGAGGCUAUUAUACCAAAUGGGUUUUCAUGUACAAGAUUAUUUUGGUCUUCGAUAGAACCAUGGAGAAUAGUUCGAUAUCACAUUAAAACUGUGCUAUGUAAUAAAAACGUACCUCAGUCUCCUGACUGUGGAAAAAACAUGACUGUAGAUCAUAGUCAAGAAAGGCAUGUAGUUGAGGAAAAACUAAAUGAAAUUUCCAAAUGGAGACAUGAAAUUAAAUCAAAUGACACAAAGAAUCUGAAAGAUAACUCAAAAUUAUCUUUUAAAAUUAAUCAGAAGAAAUUUUCCAAAUUUAAAAGGCGAAUUCCUUACCGCAAGUAUCAGAAUAAGCGAAAGUGUCAUUCACUUGAUGAUAAAAUUGUUUAUCAGGUUGUCAAUUACAUGUUAGACAUUGUGAGCAGUAAAGAUGUUGAUGAGAAUUCACUUCAUGACUCACAAAAUGCAGCUGAUCUUUUGCCUCCUGAACUAAAAGAAGCUAUUUUUGAAGAUCUGCCUCACGACCUUAUAGAUGGCAUUUCAAUGCAGGAUAUAUUACCGAAGCUGAUGAUAUAUGAAGAAAUGGGAGCUAUGGAGAAAAGUGAUGGAUUUUAUGGGAAUGAUCCAUCAGUGACAGAAAAAGAAAUUAGUAGUACAGAUGAGGCUAAUCUCGUAAAUAAUCACCAUAUGGGAAACACCAAAAAAACUGGUUUUCUAGAAGUGAGUGUGCAAGAUCAAGAUGAUUUGUGCCACAAGAGCACUCUUUCAAAGCAAAAGUCUGCAGAGAAUGCCGGUUUGAGUAAAAAUAAAGUACAACGAACUAAGAGAAUGAAACUGAGAAGAACAAAGCACAAUAAUGUUGUCGACAUUACAUCUGAUGAACCUCCUAAAAGACGGAAACGAGCGUGUAGUACGACAUGGAAUUGUAAACCUGAUGGCAACUACUCUUCGGCAUACAAAAGACGGAAAUUAUCUCACACCGUUGGAAGGAGUGUGUGUGAAAAUCCUUUCGUUGUUCUUGUUGAUUCAGAUGCAUCACAUACUUUGCAGGAAUUGCGCUUGCCAGAAUGUGUUCACGUAACACUUUCAAGAUCACCGCCGUCGGGUGUUUCAUCUACUGCAACUGAGUCACCUGCAGAACUCAAGUGCGGAGUCGAUGAGGAGUCGCCGUCGGACAGCAGUAAGGGGAAAGUCACACUCACAAAGGAAGAAGGGAAGGAAAACAAAUUCCUACCUUGGAACGGCCGCCCACAAACACGAUUCCUCCAAUUAGAUGGUACUGUCGAUCCCUUGAGUAGCAGUGGCAGUGAAGGUGGUCGAUCUCCUCGUUCUGAUGAUGAAAAACUGUCAGACUGUGCUUACGAAGCAAGUUCCUCAUCAUUGAGAAGUUGUGGCCAAUGUCAACAUUGCAGUUCAGAUUUUAAUUCUGGAGGUAAUUUUGGAGCUGUUUGUAACUGUAGCUCUAGCUCAAGCCAGGCGCACGGAAAGAGUUGGUACAAGACAUAUGAUACUGAAGAAGAGCCAGUGCGCUGCACUCAGUGUCGCUGUACCUACAGGACAAAGAAAAGUUUUGAGCGCCAUUUGUCAACAUGCUGCAAUGAUUUUAUGCUUUCGACAAGUGAAAGUGAUUCAGAAAAUACACGCUCUAGUGAGGAAGAAUGCACCAAAAAGCAGCACUUUGAUACAACUGAAUCUUGUUGUAAUGUAGGUGAAAGUGUUCUGGGAGAGACUGAUGCCACAGAUUUGUCUAUGCGGAGUGAAAGUGUUGAGUGCUCUGCUACACCUCCUCAGAACUCACCUGUACUUGAAAGACUGAAAUCGAAGUCAUCCUCGAAGUUUGAAGUUGAGAGUAAUGUGGUCGACGGGGUGAGUACCCAUACGUCGAUUGUAGAUACAGAUCCGCAUUAUCAACAGCAUCUGUGUCAGGGUAACAGCUAUAUCCAGGUUCAGUCGAGUCAACAUUCUAAUGCACCAGCAGUAAUAAUGCAGCAGGUACCAUCUCCGAGCGUUGUUCCUACAUUUAUUGAAGCUUUCCAGCAACAAACAGGACAGAACUUACAGCUGGUUGCAACUAUUGAUACACAUACUAAUGGGUAUAACAAACAACAGUUUGUCAGUGCAAAUCCUUUAGUCUCAGGAAAUUACCCUGUUCAGGCACCAGAGAGUUUUGUAAGGCUUCCCUUAAUGCCUAAUGUCCAGUCACCAGCUCCCCAUUCUGCAUUUCUUGGGACAGUACUUCCUCCCACACAGCAAAAUGCGGUUCAUUGUGUUUCGGCAGAGCAGACAAUGAUUGGUUGUACACCAUCUUUGGACAUGUAUGGGACACAGCCAGGAGGAAUGUAUUUAGCUGGACAGCCUAUGUAUAUUUCAAAUUACGAGACAGUAGUCAGUAAUACAGUUAUGUCUUCGAGCCAACUUGUCUCUGCUGCUCUACCUGGUGUGGUUGCUGCGAGUAGCAGUUUUUCGGCAACUACGACACAAGUGUUUCAGGCUAGCAAAUUAGGAUCUGUAAUUGAAUUAACAUUAGAACCUGUUGUGGAAGUCCAACCAAGUUACCUUAUUAUUAACCAACAAACUCCUAUUUCAAAUUCUCCUGUUAGAAAUACAGAGUAUGUAAACUGCCCACCUUCGACUGUCAACAUGCAAGUGCCUUCGUAUGAUCACUCUUUCUUGCCAGUUCAACAAGUGUGCACAGAAGAUCAAGCUGUUCAGUACCCUGAAUCAUCUAGCACGUGUACAUCAGUUACGUUAAAGACAGUUAUGAGAAGCGAGAAUCGCAGGCGAACAAUCCCUGAAAUGACAAAGAUUGUGACACCCAGAUGUGCAAGCACCAGUGUUGAUGUGGCCCCCGAAAUGUCUAGUGUUGUGACUCCUAGGUGUGUGAACAGUGGUGGGCAUACGUAUUUUGAAAUGUCAAAGGUCAUGACACCCAGAUGUGUGAGCAAUAAUGGUAGCCCAAAUUCUGAAUUUCCAAAGAUCAUGACACCUAGACGUGUGAGCAGUAGUGUUGGCACAGAUCAUGAAUUUCCAAAGAUCAUGACACCUAGACGUGUGAGCAGUAGUGUUGGCACAGAUCAUGAAUUUCCAAAGAUCAUGACACCUAGACGUGUGAGCAGUAGUGUUAGCACAGAUCAUGAAUUUCCAAAGAUCAUGACACCUAGACGUGUGAGCAGUAGUGUUGGCACAGAUCAUGAAUUUCCAAAGAUCAUGACACCUAGACGUGUGAGCAGUAGUGUUAGCACGGAUCAUGAAUUUCCAAAGAUCAUGGCACCUAGAUGUGUGAGCAGUAGUGUUAGCAUAAAUCCUGAAUUUCCAAAGAUCAUAACACCUAAAUGUGUGAGCACUGGUGUGAACACAUCCUUUGAUAUGUCAAACGAUACAAAACCUGAAUUUCCUAAGAUCAUGACACCGAGAUGUGCUAGCACAAAACCUGACUUUCCAAAGAUCAUGACACCAAGAUGUGUUAGCACAAAUUCUGAAUUUCCAAAGAUCAUUACACCUAGACGUGUGAGCAACUUUGUUAACGCCGAUUCUGAAUUUCCGAAGAUCAUUACACCUAGACGUGUGAGCAACUUUGUUAACGCCGAUUCUGAAUAUCCGAAGAUCAUUACACCUAGACGUGUGAGCAACUUUGUUAACGCUGAUUCUGAAUUUCCGAAGAUCAUGACGCCCAGACGUGUGAGCAACUUUGUUAAUGCCGAUUCUGAAUUUCCGAAGAUAAUGACACCCAGGCGCGUAAGCACUGGUGUCAACACGCCCUAUGAUAAAACAAAGAUCAUGAAUCCUAGACUUGGUGCCCACACACGUUUUGAAAUGGCAAGGAUUAUAACACCUAGAUGUGUGACCAGUGGUGUUAACACGAGUCCUCCUGCGUCACCUGUCAGAAAUGCUUGUGACAAAUGUUCAGGCAAGUCACAGUCUGACCGUGAGGACUGCCUUAUCCAAGCAGAGCAGCAGCUGUCUGAAAACAGUGGACAUCAGAUAUUCUGCACAUGUCUGCAAUCUAAUACCACUAUCCUUACAAAGCGUGCAGAAUCAGUGUCAACAAGAAAGAAAAACCAAAUUUGCUGUUCAUGUGUGUAUUGCUAUGCAUUUGAUGUUUGCUGUGCAUGUAAGAAGCGCUGUGAGGCAGCAAUAGGAGGACAAGUGCUGACGCAUGUAGUAACGGAAGACGGAGCUCUCAGUUUUAAUCAAAAAUCUUCGGAUAUUCCAGCACAUCUGACAAAUAAUCCUAGCGAAUUGUGGGUAAUCAAUAGAGAACUUGACCACAGUCUAGAAGUUAGCACAGAAUGUAAUGAACCAAAAUGUAUUGCUAAUUUGCCGAAUCGAGCAAUUAGCUAUAACCACAAUCCUUCCUCUAAAGAUCAACUUUGCAAUAAUGAUACGUCCACGUUCAAUACGUCAGCACCUACAGUCAUCAGUAGACGCCCUGGACACAAAGUAACAGAAUCUCCCUGCAAGAGGGAAACACUGUCACAUGGAAAAUACAAAAGAUUGGCUACUAGACAAACCAGUCCAGUUAACGAUAAUUCAGUUGAAGAGCCAGAUAAAGAAGGGAACGGCAGGUCAGUGUUACACAUUACUGACACAGUCCCACCCUCUAAAACAGUUGUAAACAGACAUAAUAAUAUCAAAGUUAAAGCUAGUAAUUUGUCUGACAAAUUAUCUUCAUCAAAACCUAUUUUGCAAAAGCAGGGAAAGUUCAGUACAUCUCCAACAAAUGACGAAAGCCGUAUUUUGAAGCUGCAGAAUGUUAAAUAUGUUGAUGUCGUGGAAAAUGAUACCUUUGCAGAAGCUGUACUUGUGAACAGAGACGAGGAGGAGGAUGUAGAGUGUACCUCUGGAAUCAGCUUGGACCGUUCUCUGAAAAGAAAGCCUUCAUCAGAAUGUAAUACUUCUGUCAGCAGCCCACAAUAUGAUGAACAGAAUGUGGCACGACUGCACACUCAGACAAAUUGUCCAGAAGAGAGUAAAUCCUCUUUGACAUGCAACACUGUUCCACAAGUAAAUGCUGAUGUGUCUGUAUAUAGCAGUGACACUGAAAAACAAAGAGCAGCAUCUCCAUUGACAAAAGAUGACUGUGAUGGCAGUAGCUGUGGCGGCAGCGGCAGAAGUGCUACCAAUAACAGGUGCAACUACAUGGAUGUCAGUGAUGAAGAUAAUGCUGGUGAUGCUUAUAGCAGAUUUGGAGCUCAGAGUGACUGUAAUACUGGCGGCAGUAUUGAGAAAGACAGUAGGCCAGAUAUACGUGAGUUGACUACUGAAAAGAAUGUCGAUGACAGUGGUACUAAUGGUUACAAUGAUGAAGAGGAUGACGAUACCGAAUGUUGCGAAGAUGACGACGAGGAGGAAGAGGAAGAAAAUGGUGACAAUGAUUGUGACGAAGGUGACGAGGAUGAGAAUGAAGACGAUAGUGGUGACGAGGAUGAUAAUGGUGGUGAAGACAGUAGGGACACGUCACCACUAUACUGUAAUGGAGAAAAUUCUGAAGAAAAAUCAUCUUAUAUUAUGUAUGAAAUCUGUUCUCAAGAUGGCUUUUGUUGCACUUCAAAAUCGUUUAGUGAGGCAUGGCAGAAAGUGUUUGAUGCUGUUCAGAAUGCUCGAAUUGUGAACAAAAUGCCACCACUACCACAGAAUCCAUUUAGUUUGACGCAGAAAAGUUUACAGAUUCUAGGCUUGAAGCAUAAUGCUGUUAGAUAUCUCGUUGAACAAUUACCAGGAGUUGGUCGAUGUGUGAAAUACAAACCUCGUUACCACAAACAACGGACAUCACGACCAGAGGAUGACUUGGACACUUUGCCACCUCCUAAUAAAAGUGGAUGCAUUAGGACUGAGCCUUUUAAAUCUCGAGGACCUUAUGACAUGUUCAGUUGGCUGGCCUCCAGCCACAGGAACCCUCCGAAAUUUGUGCAACAAAAUGACAGCGAGUUAAUGAGUAACAGGCGUGCAACGAGCUCCAACCUGCCAAUGGCUAUGCGUUUCCGGCAUUUGAAAGGAACAAAUCCAAACAAAGCUGUUGGUGUUUACCAGUCCCAUAUUCAUGGAAGAGGACUGUUUUGUCUUAGAGAUAUAGAAUCUGGUGAGAUGGUUAUAGAGUAUGCAGGUGAAGUAAUUCGAUCAACUCUUACAGACAAGAGGGAGAAAUUGUAUGAAUCUAAAGGCAUUGGUUGCUACAUGUUUAGAAUUGAUGAUCAGUUAGUGGUGGAUGCUACUAUGCGUGGCAAUGCAGCGAGGUUCAUCAAUCAUUCCUGUGAUCCCAACUGCUAUUCUCGGGUGGUGGACAUACUGGGGAAGAAACAUAUUUUAAUAUUUGCACUUCGUAGGAUUCCACAAGGAGAAGAACUGACAUAUGAUUACAAAUUUCCUUUUGAGGAUGUAAAAAUACCAUGUACCUGUGGUUCACGAAAGUGCCGCAAAUAUCUGAACUGAAAUUCUCGUUUUGUGUAUAUGUAGAUAUGUGUGUGUGUGUGUGUGUGUGUGUGUGUGUGUGUGUGUGUGUGUGUGUGUGUGUGUGUUUUUGCUCUCGCGCUCACCCGUGCAUCAAUAUGAGCGUGUGGCUUGAAGACGAGAACAAUUCUCAUAACAAUUUUUCAUGUGCAACGUGUUUGUAAAAGUGGUGACCAAAUAUACUCUUGUGAUAAAAAUUAUUGUGAAAGUGUAGUUCUUAAAGUAUUCUAUUUUAAAAUAUGAACUUUCAAGUGUGUUGUUGGAGGAAAUUUUUGGAAUAUUUUUGAGCUGUGAAAUGUGAUAAAUAUCCAAUGUGACAUUCAUUUUCAGUUCUUUGUUUAAUUUUCUGUGGUUUUUUUAAGUAACUGUAUUCUGAUAUAUAAUUUUGUAUGUUCUGUGUUAAUUGAAAUGGUGUAAUUUCAUCAGUAUGUGAUACUUGUGUAGGUCUGAGUUCCAGUGCAUGUGGGUAUGAACAUAAGUUUUAUUGCCCAGGCUGAAAACUUUGCAUGAACAGGGCAAAUUAUGGCAGACCUCUCCAUAUUUUUAUUUUGCUAAUGCAUUUUCCUGUUAGUCUGUGAGUCAUCAUAUGUGAUUAAAUAAAAGAAGGGACACUGAAAAUUGCUUUUGUGGCAAAUUGAAGAAAUAACCAAUUUUCAUGUGACUGGUGACAGAGUAAUUUUGAACUAAGUAGUCUUGAUAUGGUACCAAAGAUUUCAUGUUGUCUUCAGUCCUGCUCUUAGUAAUAUGUUAUGGUGAUAAUUGUACAUUCAGCCAGGAUGCAUAUUACUGUAAUUGUAUAUGUGUGAGUCAUGUAAACAGCAAAAUUUGUUUUCUAAAUAAUUGUAAGUUUUGACUGCUUUGUUUUUAAAACAACUGUUUAAUUUUGAGAGACUCAAGCCUUUCUGGCAAUGGCUGGGUGGCUACGUGAGGGCUAAUAGCAUAUUUGAAAUAAUUGUCUGUGUUGGAAUUUGACAAAAAAAUUCAUUGGAGACACUGUGUCUCCCCUCUUUGCAAUGUGCCUAAAUGGAAAGUGAGCCACGAGUAUUAGUCAGAAAUAGUAAUUUAAACUGUGAGUUACUGACACAUCAGUAUUUUGAGGAACAGGAUCUGCAGCAGUUGCAUAUUAAUGUAUGUUGACUUCACUAUAAUUUUAUCGGAAUGUAUUGCCAUCUUUACUCAUAUUUUUAAUUAAUGGGACAUCUUGACUGAUUGUAGAUAAAAAGUGCUAAUGCAGCUUGUGUGAUUUAUUUCAUAGUAAGUUAUUAAUUUUAAGCACAUGUGCUGUAUCUGUAACUGGCUGAACAGCUGCCUUAAAACCAUUUAUCAGACACUAAAUAAAUUCUUAAAUUCUGUGCUGUGA